GGGUGCGGGGCAGGGGGUGAUGGGACGAGCCCCCCGCUCCCCUCAGGGCUGGGGCGUGGCGGGCGCUGGCCCCGCGGCACUCGCAGGCCCUGGUGCCGCUGGAGGCGGGUGCGGUGCCUGUCCCUCGGCCGGGGGCCGCCUCGCUGCAGCUCCGGCCGGGCAGUGCGGGGCCGUGCGCCCACCCCGCCGUACCGGCUUCGCCCCCCGGGCCUUGAGCAGUUCCCGGCCUGGGGCUGCGGCGUGCCGGGAGCCGGCGUGAGGGACUCUUCGCCGCUGAUGGGGUCUUCUUGGUGUAACUUGGGUUGUGUUUCUUUGCGCGUGAAGUGACACAGCAACAAUAAACGUCCUGCUAAAAGUAAUAAACCCAACAUGCAGUGGACCGUAAAAGAAGCUUUCCGUGUGGCCUCUCAGGGGACUGUUGAGCUUCCCCUGUGUGCUGAUUCAGAUCACCUUGUAAUGGAAGAAAAUGGAGCUGACCAUGACAUUGCUAUUGAAGGAUCUAAUGAUUUGUUCAUAGGCAAUUGUGAUAGUACAGGAGAGUCAGAAACAAAUGAUCGAGUUUUUCAGGGAUCCGUUGUUUGGACAGAGUGACUCUCCCACAGCCUUGCCCAUCACAGUACGCCUCUCGGGCAGUUCUGCACCAUCGGCUCUGCCUGCACGGCCACCCCAGCCACAGCCUCACUCUGCAGGGGAGUUACACCUGGUGGACCAAACCGGGCAGCCUCUCUACGAGCUGCAGCCGCUAGGAGGGCCCAGUGUGCCAAUGAUGAUUGUUGCCAGCCAGUCAGAAAAUGGCCAGGUGCUGCAUGUCAUUCCUUCUGCCCAGCCAGGAAUGGCCCAAGUGAUUAUUCCUCAAGGUCAGCUUCUGGAUGUGACCAGCACACAGGAUGUUUCGGAAGAGAAGUGUGAUGAUGGAAACUUGCAGACUGUGGCGGUGGCUGCUAUAGCAGACAGCGCAAGCAGUUACAUUCUACAUCCGCAGGCAUCUCUCACUGUAUCAAAAAAAGCAAGCACCAGGGUAUUGGAAGAUCCCUUUCCCAUCCCUCUCCAGCCAUUGCCACCAAAUACACCUGCAUGGGCGCACCGUCUCAGGAACUGUGAGAAAAUUGGGGACUCGUACCGCGGCUAUUGUGUGAGCGAGGCAGAAUUAGAGAGUGUUCUAACGCUACACAAGCAGCAGACACAAAGCGUGUGGGGGACACGCCAGUCUCCAAGCCCAUCCAAACCCGCCACACGGUUGAUGUGGAAAUCUCAGUAUGUCCCAUAUGAUGGGAUCCCCUUUGUCAAUGCAGGAAGCAGAGCCAUUGUAAUGGAGUGCCAAUAUGGGCCAAGGAGGAAAGGGUUCCAGCCCAAAAAAGCUGGUGAGCUGGAAGGCACCUCUGGCCAUCUGUACAAAGCCACUUGUCCAGCAAGGAUCUAUAUUAAAAAGGUUCAAAAGUUUCCAGAAUACAGAGUUCCUACUGACCCUAAAAUCGACAAGAAAAUCAUAAGAAUGGAGCAGGAGAAAGCAUUCAACAUGCUGAAGAAGAACUUGGUAGAUGCUGGCGGUAUCCUCAGGUGGUAUGUACAGUUACCCACUCAGCAAGCUCACCAAUAUCAUGAAAUGGAAACUUCCUGCCUCCCUUCUUCACCAUCCCAUUUUUCUGUGUCUUCUCCUGAGGAGGAGGAGGAAGUUGUUAGAGAUGAGAACUGUGCUCUGCCUUCCCGACUUCAUCCUCAAGUGGCAGACAAGAUCCGAGAACUGGUGUCUCAGGGAACAGAGCAGGUCUAUGCAGUGAGGAAGCAACUAAGAAAGUAUGUGGAAAGAGAAUUAUUCAAGCCUGAUGAAGUGCCAGAAAGACACAACCUGUCUUUCUUCCCCACUGUGAAUGACAUCAAGAACCACAUUCAUGAAGUGCAGAAGUCCCUGAGGAACGGCGAGAUGGUGUAUAAUUCAGAAAGUAUCCCAGCAACACUGCAGUGGACCACAGACAGUGGGAAUGUUCUCACAGAAACAGUGACUGUUACGUUUGCGUCACCACCUUCAGAUGGGAGCUCAGCGGGGGAGUCAGUGAUAACCAAAGCAGAAUCCAACCAGAGCGGGGAGCCCUUGCUCCCAGAAACAGCUCAGCUGUUGGCUUCACUUUCUUCACUUCAGCCCAAGAUAUUUGCACAACUUCAGGAAUUACAGCUGCAGUCAACUUUUACCUCUACAAAUGGAUCAACAGCCCUGAUAGCUGUAAAUAACCAUUCCCCUCCCAGCCCUGUGAGUCUCCUGGAUUCCAUAGGGAGUGCAAUAACCAACCAUUCUCUAGUACUUAGUCAGGGACACAGUCUGCAAACAGGUGCUGGCCUAACACAGCAUAGUGCUGCUGCCUCUGCUUUUGGGACUCCUCCUGCCUCUGAUCAGAGCCUGGUCACCAUGGGCCAGUUGGUGGCAGUUGGAGGGGUAGAUGACUCCAGAAGCCUAGAAGGAGGAGUCCAUCAGAUUCUCCUGGGAGAUGUACAGACUAUUCCAGUACGGAUUGUGGACAGCCAUCCAGCACUUACCGAAGAAAAUACAGAGGGCGUUAUUUGUGUGAGCCAAGUUAAACAAGAGCCAAGAGAAAAUGCGUUGUCUAUGGAGCCAGAUAAAACCAGAGACCACCAUAGUUCCUCACCUAUUUAAAUCUGUGAAGCCUGGAAGGAUUUUUCGAAUCUGAGAACUCUAAAUGUCUUGGAAGGAAAGGCAGGUGCUCUUGAAGUAAUGCCAUUCUUUUUAAGUUGUAUUGUGACAUUCAGACUAGGUGUAUUUUACACUAGUUCUGACAGACAGCUGUUUUGAUUUAUGACUGACAUGGCUCACUGCCAAUUCCAGCUCAUUCAGUUGCCCUGUGGAACACUUCCUCUCUCUUCUAUUUCAAGUUUUGAGCAAUCUGGAUGCUAUCCAUAUGGCCUAUUUUGGUCGACAUUUCUGAAGGUCUUCCACUAUUUAAUUCCUUAGCUUUAGAAUGUGGAUCACAAUGCUGGAUUUGCUUUUCUCUUUGAGAUCCUCGACUGUUACAGCACUACAGAGACCAUAGAAUCUGCCAGCUCCAAGACCACAGAAUCCAACAGCAAAGUGUAUCAAUGGUUUUGUGACAAAAGGAAGGUCCAAGAUGCUAAAUAUCAAAGUGAUGAAGGACAUGGAUGCUUAAGAAAGUGCAACUUUCACCUGAGCAUAAUGUUAAUGGUGUGAAGAUCAAGGAAAAGAGAAAGGUCAGAAACUAUGGAGCAGGUCUAUCCAGCAAGCAUCAACUGAGCUCUUCUUUCUGCUUGCCCACUCAAGAAGUUGUACAAGCCUGCAAGGGACAUGGAGAUCAUGAAGAAAGUGUGUAAGAUCUUAUGGGAUGACCUGCAGGAACAGAAUGGAGGAGAUUAAAGGUUGAUGACAUGACUUCUAUAAAACCCACACUCUUUCGUGGGAGGAAGAGGCUUUUUCAAUGGAGAAUAAAAAACAGGAAGCAUUCCAAACUGUCCUUCAAAACCACCAUGUUCAGAGCCUCAAAGGUUUGGCACUUCUGUUCCUCUGUAGGUGAUCUUCCAUCUGUGCUGUAAAUCACAGUGUUCAGGGUCUUCCACAAGAAAAAGAACAGCAAUUAUAGAACCAAACUCCUGCAGGGGAAGGGGUGGGGUGGGAAGUAGGGGUGCCACCAGAAUCCUUACUUAACCACCUCUCCCAUCACACGAGGGCACUUCCUUUUGCUUUGCAUAAUCUGACCUGGUCACUUGACAGCAUGUCAGUAGAAACAUUCAGUUCCUUCCAGCUCUCAAAAGCUGCAUUUGUGUUUCUACCUCAUGCAGAGCUGCUCAUAUUUAUCUCUUCAAGGAUGGCUCAUGCAAUUCUGCUUUUCAGCUUAAGAGGAGACAGAGAUCUCCCUGUAUGAAAAUUUGAUGGUCAGUGUACAUACAUAGUUCAAGUGAGUUGGGAGCACCUGGAACAGUCACCCUCAAGCAUGCUCUAAUUUAAACUGUGUUAGGAAUGGGAGCUGGUAGAAGGAAUAAGCAACUGAAGACUAUAAUGGUAAAAGUAGGCAUUCUUGCUCUUCAUGUAGUACCCUCAUCACACCGUACCUUUCCUGAAACAUCUUGAGAGAAACACUGGUCGGCAUGGGGAGGAAAACAAAUCUCAGUUUCUCCCCUGCUGCCUCCUGCCCCUUAUAGUUAACAGUGGUUUUGCUAAUUAGCCACAGAUUUGGCCUAAAAAAUACCUUCUGUCCUAGAUCUAAGUGUACAGUGUUUAAUUCCUAAAGGACCAUGCUAAAAAUUCAGUUGUGCUUUGUCAGGUCACUGUUCUUUCAGACAUAAAUUUAACUUUUUCUCACAGAUGUUUCUCUUAAAGCUAAAAUUAAAUGGGAGAGAGAAUUGGAAAUUAAUUAUUUAUGUUCCUUACAGAUUACACUCUUCAGUUUUCUGAAGUGUGCAGGUGUUUCCUCCUUGGCUUCUACUUUUAGCUCUUAGUGCACUGUGUGUUGGAUGUUUUCUCAGGAUCACUUACCUCUGAGAGUACUCCAGAUAACCGACAAGAGACCAGAAGGGAGAACAGUAGAGGAAGUGAAGUUUGUAAAAAGCUGUUUGCAGGAGAUAGAAAGCUCUCAAAGUUACAGCUCAAGUUUGCAGUUUCU